AUUAGCUGGUUGCGCUGUCGUUGCCACAUGAAAACAAAUUCAAACUCAGAAAAGCAAUUCAGUUUUGACAGGGGCAGGAAGGAAAGCUCCGCUCUUCAGCCAGCCUUCUCCUGUGCUCAUGCUGAGAGGAGCAAGUGAAGAAGAGGAGUAGGAUGGUUGUCAGCUCUAGUCUCGAAAAACUCACAUGCUGCCUCCCGCCCUUCCGGCGGAGGGAAAAAGAACGGGAGAAGGGACGGCUACGAUGGUGAGCUGGACGGUUCAGACCUGUGGACUGAGUAGAAUAGGAUAUUAAAUGUGCUAAGUACCGGAUAGUGUGGAACUUCUACUGAAAUUCCACUUAUAUUUCACAGCGUUAUAGCAAUGAUACCACACGACGUUAUCUUGUGGAAACAUCCUUAGAUUGUCCGUUGCUUGCACAUCAUUUACAUCUCAAAUUACAGUGAUGCGGCAACAUAACUCCAAAAUGACGGUAGUGCAUGUGACAAUUAGCAGGUUUUAUGAUAACCACAUUUCAGAUGAGAGCGAUCCUGGUAGAGACAACUCUAAUAAAGUCGUAAAAAAGUGUCACUUUUCCAGCAAAACACAACUCUCCUGCUAAAUAACACACCAUUGCAAAGUUAGCACGAUGCAGACACGUUCUUGUUUGUAUGAAACGAAUUAGCAAGUCAGACGUGUUUACCUCUGAAUGAAUUUGUCUCUACGUGUAAAUAUAACUGCUCAUGUGGCUCAGAGCGAGCGAUGCUGGGAUUGUGUCAUGGCUGCCCCUUGAAGUUCCGAAUGAAAAUCUAAAAGAUGAUCAUUGCAACAUGAAGAAGAAAUCCUAUGACAUUAAAAGUGGUAUUAUGCAAAAGUUGACUCCUCCAGUCUUAUUUCUGCUUCUGGUUGUGCUGCUAGUAAACUUGGUCCUCUAUCAAUUCUUCAGUAAUGUAUAUUUUUCGUAUGAUCAGGCCAAUAUUGAACCCAAUUCUUGUUCACAUGGAUACUUCAGAUUAGGAAUCUUGAAGAACUGUUUACCAUGGUUGUCCUGUGAGGCCAUGAAGAGAGAAGUUCGCAAACUGAAACUUGUUGGCGAAGGAGCUGUGAAAAGGGUCUUCCUUUCGGAAUGGAAAGAAAAUAAGGUUGCUCUUUCCCAGCUAACUAAGCCACAGCUAGAAGAGGAUUUUAUUCAUGGGCUUCAGAUGCUGAAAUCUCUACAAAGCAAAUACGUGGUCAAACUGUUUGGAUAUUGUGAAGAAGAGUUCAUGGUUCUUACAGAAUACCAUCCAUUUGGCUCCUUGAAUAAUCUGAAUGAUAUACUGAAUCUUCCAAAAUACAAGAACUCCAACACAUGGUAUAAUAGGUUUUUGCUUGCCAUAGAUUACGUGAGCAUCAUCCAUUAUCUGCACAACAGUCCACUGGGCACUUUUGUGAUGUGUGACUCGAGUGAUCUGGAUAAAGUACUUUCACAAUAUUUACUGACAAGUAGUUUCCAUGUUGUUGUGAAUGACUUGGAUGCUUUGCCUCUUGUGAACAAAAGUGCUGGUCAGUUGAUCAAAUGUGGCCAUCAGGAGCUGCAGGGCAAUUUUGUUGCUCCUGAGCAACUUUGGCCUUAUGGAAAAACAACACCUUUUGCAGAUAGUCUCAUGCCGCCAUAUGAUGAAAUGACAGAUAUCUGGAAAAUCCCUGAUGUUUCCAACUUUCUCUUGGGAGAAGUUGAUGGAAGUGAUCUUGUCAGGUUUCACCUGUUUGACAUCCAUGUGGCAUGUAAGAAAAGCCCAGCUGAAAGACCUUCUGCUCAAAUGGUUUUGGACACCUACAGGAAAAUACUAGCAUCACUUGUUCGAGAAUCAGUUAUGCCAAGGACAAAGGACAUGCUGUAAAACAUGAACAUAUUUUGGUAUCAUAACUAGAGUUGGAUAUAUUUAGCAUCUCCUUUUCCUGAUAUGAAAAAUGCAUGAGUCUGUUGAAAUUUAAAUAUGAAUGGCAAACUCUAAAAUGAUUUCUUAAAGAUGCCUAUGAUAAAUUAUACAGAGAAUGGGAGAAAAGUGGUAUAUGAUUUGUUUGAAAAGUUGUAGACUUCUGAAUAAACCUUUCUUAAUCA